UGCAGAGACAAGAAUCCAGCCUCCGGUUCUCCUUACGGCUGGAAGCUAGCUCCUUUUUACAUAGCUGGCUGUACAUAUUGUGCAGAGAGAGCUCAGCAAUGCUGACCAUCAUGGAUACUGAAAGAGGAAAAGAAUAUUUUAAAGAAUUACAUUAGGAAAAAAAAAAAAGGAAGAUUGCAGAGGGGAGAUCCAGAUUCUGUUUCCUUAAGUCCCUAACUCCUGGGGAAGUGCAGAAACCACAAGAUUGACUUUGCUGGAGCAAGACAAUGUUUAACUGGCAUAAGACCUUUGCUAUUCUGCCAUAUUGGAAGAGAGGGAAGAAAGAUGGUUCGUCUGACGGAGAGGUAGUCCUGACUCACAUGAAAAAAUUAAUACAUGAUUACGACAGUGACCCACUUGGAUCCCAAAGUUUAAAUGGAGAUGCCUUAGUUCACAACGACACAGCUUCUGACUGCCCAUCAGAUGGGCCAGUUAAAGAAUCCAGCACAUGUGGCAUGGUGGUAUCUGAUCCCCUUCAGCAGCUCAAAAGACUGUAUAAGUUUGAGUCAGAGGAUUCUGGAGUAGAGAUGCCAAGUGGAGCCAAUUCACCCUCUACACCUAAAGGAUCAGAGAAGAGUUUUGUGAUGCACAGUAGAGAUUCCUCCUGUGAUUCAGGGGUGCUGAGCGCAUCAUCUUCACCUACGGUAGGCCACAUAGAAAUAAAUGCAGGUACAAACGAACAAGACACCAAUAACUUUCUUUCUGAUACUGAACACUGUAAGGAGUAUACGGACAAAGUCAAAGAUGAUGCUGAAGACCAAGAAAAUACCAUAGAAGAUUUUAUUGACUGCCAGGAAGAGGAGGAAUUGGAUUUGCCACCGUGCAGUGAUGAAAAUGACUGCACAGACAACGCAUUGUACAGUACAGCACACUCAUCCGCAAUAGAGGAAGACACCAAAGUUGUGGAUGACUUUUACAAGGACACAUUUGAGGAAAUUCAGGGUUUGCAUCAGUUGAAAAGAAGUCCAACAAGUGACAGUCUGGAUGAAUAUAUGGACGAAUGUUGUCGACUGAGUGAGGUAAACCAGGGAGCCUCAAAGGCACUGGGGUCAGGCCUCGGAUACUUGGAACAUAUCUGCCAGCUUAUAGAAAAAAUUGGCCAGCUUCAAGAGCAUAAUCUGAAGCUGCAAAAACAAAUCUUUGUGUUACAAAAGGAAGAUAGAAUGAAACAGAUGAAAGAGGAGUACUUUGGACAGCACUGCUCCUGUGGAGCAGCGAAUAUUUUGCUCAGCCCGUACCAGGAGACUAAGAAGCAUUUUCCUGCGAGGAGGAACCGGCCGCAUAGUAUGUUUGUACAAAGUGGAAACCAAUCUGACCUCUCCAUGAUCCCAGAAAUUGGCAUUAACUAUGAAAAGUUUGGCUACAAAGGAAACAAUGUCCAGAUGGAUGGCUGGAGAAGUCCUAACAUACUGGGAGUCAGGAAGCCUUUCACUAAACUAAAAUGUGAAGACAAAGAAAGUAAGCUGGGCUGGGACAGGAAUUUCAAUGAAGCCUUCACACCACUGGAACAAGAUAUGAAAAAGCUGGAUCUCCAUCCAUGGGGACGUGUCCGAGAUCUUCUUAAGAAGACCAAAAAGAACCAGAACAAAUUAGGAUUAUCGUCCGCAUCAUUGAAGAGAUCCUGCCCUCAACUCUACAGGCCGGAUAUUGUGCAAAAUGACAUUAAAAAAAGAGACAGAAAUUCGAUGAUCGUCUUUGGACAGAAUGUAAACAGAGAAAAUCCAUGGUCCAGUUUGUAUGGCUUAAACAGGAAAGAUGAUGAUAUGUGAAGAUUCGGGUGGUAAACAGA